CUCACAGUAACGGUCAUUUGGCGCACUGGCACCUGAUUGGUAGGAUUUAAUCAUACAAGGGCGUCUGUGCAUGUGUAAUUGUUUCUCGGAAACUUGCAGUUCGAUAUCGUAUAAUUUGAUUGUGAGUUCCUUUUACUCCAAGAUUUCCGCGGAUUAUGACGGAGACACAACAGAAGGCAAAGUGCAUUACUUUGAAAGGCUCCGCCGAAUUGGUGAAACAAUACUUGCUAUAUGGAGUCAACAGUAUACUUUAUCAAAGAGGAAUAUAUCCUCCGGAGAUGUUCCAGCCUGCCGAGCAUUUCGGUCUGUUUAUCUUUAUGUCUACGGAUGAUAAAAUCACAUCCUUCUUAGACACCGUCCUGGGACAGAUCCAAGAGUGGUUGAUUCAGCGCAAAGUACACAAGAUUGUCCUUGUCAUAACAAAUGUCAACACUAAAGAGGUGUUGGAAAAGUGGGAUUUUAAGGUCGAGUACGAAGACCAGAAGCCAAACGGAGUUGAUAGCAAUGUUAAGGCCGACUUGCCUGAAAUAGGAACAAAGGACUCGAAGACUAUACAGAAGGAGAUACGAGAAGUAAUACGUCAGAUUACAGGUACAGUAAGUUUCUUACCACUCUUGGAUUGCCAAUGCUCUUUCGACAUACUUACAUACACUGUAUCUGACUGCAAUAUUCCCAACAAAUGGGACGAGACUCAACCAGUAUUUAUUGCAAAUAGUCAAGAAGUACAGCUUAGGUCAUUCUCGACCUCUAUCCAUAAAAUGGAAACUAUAGUGAGUUAUAAGAAUACUUGAACUUAUUUGUUUCCUGUUUUUUUCAUAUUCAAUAGUCAUCCAACUUUCAUUUUGCAUUGGCUGCGUUCAACAGAAAUAGCUGCUUACUAAGCGCUUAGUGAUUAUCGCUCCUGAUUGGUUCAUUUCCUUGGAUUUGUAAAAGAAUACUCCAAUCAUUAAUAAUCACUAAGCGUUUAAUAAGCAGCUUUGUCUGCUGAACGUGGCCAUUGUAUAGGCUUAUGUUGAACAUGGCUAUCAAAGACUUGCUAUUUUAUCUAAUGUGUAACAAGUUUAAGUAUGUCUUAGAAAAAUAUUUUAUAUGAAUAUAUUAAAAAAGAGAAACUAAUCAAUAGACUAUCAGCUACAUAGCUAGUACAUAGCACGUUCAGAGAAGGAGGAAUUAACUAUAGAUUAUAUUACUAAUGAAUGACAAUUGACAAAGAUAGCCGACAACAAUCACUUAGAAUGUAAGACGAAAACGAAGCUUUUAUGUCUUCGAUAAAAAAGUGACUUGUUAAUUACUUCCUGUUAAGGUGAUAUUUAAAUGUACGAUCGACGAGAUUAAAAAUCACCACUAUAUGUAAAUUUUUUAAUACAUGAAAAUUCAUUUAUAUAGCUUAUAGAUAUGUAGCUUCGAGUUUUUAUAUUUUCAUCAGAGUUCUAUCAGUUUUACCAGUAAGAAUAUCGUUCAGUAUUAGUAUAAAGAAAUAGGAAAAUGUAUGAUCUAAUUGACAAUCACGCGAGAGUUACAGCAACAGUAAAAAGGGGUGCAUGACAUUGACAAGAA